GAUCAGCUGUCAAAUCAAUGUUUACUUUUUUUACUGCGGUUUGUUAGGUUCAAAGGAAAAGGGAUUGCUUAUUAGUCACAAGAAUUCAAUUGUUAUCAAAUUUACAUUUUCCAUCGUGCGAUGGACAAUCAAGGCAUUGAACUGGUGAACAAUAAAACAACAUAAAACGUCAUCAGCAAUCGCUUGCAUACGCCGGAAAAAAUCGAGGAUUUCACUAUGUCAGCGGAUCUUAAUUGGAAUUUUGCCUGGCAUUGGUCGGAGUUUUGUUCGACAGGAGUAAAACCAUUUGCGGCCGGCAUAAAUGAUUUAUUGCCAUGUUUCCAAGAAAUCGUUUUACAAUUUCCCAUUUAUACUGUAUUCGCUGCAAUAUCUGCCUAUAACUUUGGAGUAUUUUCAAGAAAUGUUGCUCGAAAUCGUACCCAACUGAUAGCCAUAAAUUGCAGAGUUUUAAUCUCCCUAAUGCUGGCCGCUCUACCGAUAUUGAAAAUAUUUCAAUUUUAUCGUAUGGGUAUUAAGUUAUAUGCUGCAGAUGUCUUGGUAGUUUGUGCAGAAUGUAUUAUGUGGGUAGUGCAUGGAGUCUAUUUACUUUCUUCACGAAAUUAUGGAGAUGUAAAUCACCGAGGACCCUUAGUCAUGACUGUUAUGUGGCUAGCUGUGUUUGUACUCGAUGCAGUUUGGUUACGUGCAAGUCGGCAUUAUGAUUGGUGGCCCUGGAGUUUGGCCACUUUAUUACUAGAUCUUUGCUAUGUUGUCACAUUACUGCCCAAGGGCAAUGCAGUGUAUGCAGCACAACGUUUGCCGCAUCAAGAUAGCCUAUCCGAAACUACAUCACUUUUGUCACAGCGUUACACACAUUUCCAUUUCGAUUUCAAUGAAGUUCAUCUGGGACAUGCCCAGGAUGAGGCUAAUUUUGGAUCACGCCUACUUUUCCAUUGGGUUGGUCCCCUAAUAGCCAAAGGCCUAGCUGGAAAUUUGAAAAGAAUUGAAGAUCUCUUUGAUCUACCGGAGGCUUUGAAUAUAUCACGUUUGAGUGAAAAAUUACAAAUUAGCAUAUCCAGAUCUAAGAACCUUAUUUGGGCCCUACACAAGGCGUUUGGCAAAGAGUUUUAUUCAAUAGGUAUUUUACGUUUUAUUGCGGAUACGACAAGUUUUGCUGGUCCCCUUUUAUUGGGUGGUUUAUUGAGUCAGGCUGCCAUUACAGCAGACAAUGAGGCGGAGGAAACAAAUUGGAAACCAUAUCUCUAUGCCUUGGGCUUACUGGCAACACAGUUGGUGUAUGCCUUCUGUUCGUGCCACUUUAUGUGGCGCAUGUCCUUGAUUGGCAUGAAAAUGAGAAUUGGUGUGGUUAGUGCCAUUUAUCGCAAAGCAUUGGAGGCAAGGGGCCUAAAGGAUGCAACACCGGAAGUAUUAAAUCUCAUGUCCACCGAUACAGAUAGGAUUGUUAAUUCCUGUAUAUCAUUUCAUUCAUUCUGGAGUAUACCAUUCCAAUUGUUUACAACCUUGUAUUUACUUUACACUCAGUUGGGGGCAGCAUUUUUGGCUGGUGUUAUUUUUGCCACAGCCCUUAUACCCAUAAAUCGUUGGUUGGCCAAACGUAUUGCUUAUUAUUCACAGGGACUGAUGACAGCCAAAGAUGCUCGCCUCUCGGCCACAAGUGAAACAAUGUCUGGGGCGAAGCAAAUUAAAAUCAAUGCCUGGGAAGAUGUGUUCAUAAAGAAAAUAUUGAAUUUACGUCAGGAAGAAGUGAAAUUUCUGGGUAAACGUAAAUAUUUGGAUGCCUGGUGUGUUUAUUUUUGGGCCACCACACCGGUGUUAAUGUGUUUCCUUACAUUUGGGGUAUCCGUUUGGAUGGGCAAUCCAUUGAUUGCCUCUACAACCUAUACAAGUGUGGCAUUGUUGAACUUGCUUAUUGGUCCACUUAAUGCCUUUCCUUGGGUGUUAAACGGCUUGGUUGAGGCAUGGAUUUCAGUGAAACGGGUACAGGAACUGAUUGAUCUCAAGGAUUUGGAUUUUUCUUCGUACUACAAUCCUAUCAUAAAGGCCAGUUCCAUUUUAUCAUCGGUGGAGGAACCCAUAACAGUGUUGCAGUUAAAAGAUGCCACAUUUGAAUAUGAGGCCGAGGCAAUUGAAAAUGAUUUACAAAUUACCACAUUCCGUUUGGAACAAAUCAAUAUGGAGGUCAAAAAGGGUGAACUUGUGUGCAUUGAGGGACCUGUGGGCUCGGGAAAAAGCAGCUUGAUUGCCGCCAUUGUGGCUGGCAUAAACUGCAUAGAAGGUUCCAUUUGUAUACAUGAUCUAACAUCGGGAUUUGGUUAUGUCCCUCAAACACCAUGGCUACAACGUGGCACCAUACGUGACAAUAUUAUUUGGGGUGGUGUAUUCGAUGAGCAAUGGUACAAAUCAGUAUUAUUUGCAUGUGCCUUAAAUGAAGAUAUAAUUGCUUUGGGCGGGGACCUAGUGGGUAUUGGCGAAAACGGUCGAACAUUGUCUGGUGGACAAAGGGCCCGUGUGGCAUUGGCCAGAGCUGUGUAUCAGGAUAAGAAAUUUUAUCUCAUGGAUGAUAUUUUGGCAUCUCUAGACGCCCAUGUAGCCAAACAUAUUGUUAAGCAUUGUAUUUUAAAUUUACUAAAAGACAAGACACGAAUUAUUAUAACACGAAAUACCAGCUUAUUUUAUCAUGCCAAUCAGAUUCUACAUUUGGAAAAUGGAAAACUAACCAUGAGCGAAUACAUGACAGAGAGCAUUGACUUAAGUUUAGAAGACUCAAAUGAUGAGGAGGCCCACAUGAUGGAAAGGCGUUCAUCAAUAAAUCUAGAUGAAUUGCAAAAGGAUGGUGACAAUAAGAGUGUGGAUAGUAUAAUGUUGGAGGAAUCUCGAGAAUAUGGCCACUUGGCAAUGAAUGUAUUUUCAUGCUAUUGGAAAGCCGUCUCCUCACCCUUGGCAAUAUUGGUUUUAUUCUCAGUGGUAUUUAUGCAAAUUACAAGAAAUUUAUCAGAUGCAUGGUUGGCCCAUUGGGUUACAGACUCCACAUUAGAUGGCAAUACAAAUGACACGGCAAACGAUACGAAUCCAAUGCUACAUGUCGUACAACCUUUGAGCGUGUUUUCAAAUGAUUCCAAUAAUACUGCAGCCCAUACGACUGGUUAUUACUUGGGCAUCUAUGCCUCGCUGACUAUUACCAAUUCUCUGGUAACAAUGGCAAGAUCAUUUCUCUUUGCCUAUGCCGGUUUGAAGGCAGCCAAGUUUAUACACAAUAAGCUGCUCAAUAAGGUUAUGUAUGCCAAAUUCAGUUUCUUUGAUGUCACAUCGGUGGGACGUAUUCUGAAUCGUUUCUCCUCAGAUACCUAUACCGUGGAUGAUUCCCUACCAUUCAUUCUGAAUAUUUUACUCGCUCAAGUUGUGGGACUUGUGGGUGCAAUAGUCAUUAGUCUCUAUGCCAUGCCUUGGUUGGGUAUAAUCAUUGUGCCCAUGGUCCCAAUAUAUUUAAGUUUACAACAUCGCUAUCGACAUGCAUCACGUGAUAUAAAACGACUGUCCAGCAAUGCUUUAUCGCCUCUCUACACCCACUUCACAGAAACUUUACAGGGUUUAAACACCAUACGAACAAUGCGUGCCAGUUCUAGAUUCCAAAGGGAUUUCCAUGCCAAGUUGGAGGAGAGCAUUAAGGCCCAGCUAACAUCGUCGGCAGCCCAGAAUUGGCUUAGCAUGCGUUUACAGCUGUUGGGCGCCGUAUUGGUGGGUGGUGCCGGUAUUUUGGCUGCGGUAACCUCCGCCCAUGCAAGUAACCCCGGCCUGGUGGGCUUGGCAAUCUCCUAUGCUUUAAGUGUCACCCAUAUUUUGGGUGGUGUCCUCAAUGCUGUGGCUGAAACGGAACAGGAAUUGGUGGCCGUGGAACGUAUUGAGCAAUAUUUGAAUAUUGAAGGAGAAGAAAAUUCGGAAGGCACCAUAAAUCCACCAUUUGGUUGGCCUGCCCAGGGAUCCAUAGAUUUUCGAAAAGUUGAAUUACGCUACCGAGAACAUUUGGCACCUGCCUUACACGAUAUAUCCUUCAAAACCGAAGCCUUUGAACGUUUAGCCAUUGUGGGCCGUACAGGCGCAGGGAAAUCUUCAAUAUUGGCCGCCUUAAUACGCGUGGCACCCAUAACAAGGGGUGAAAUUCUCUUAGACUGUGUUAAUUUAAAAACUUUGUCUCUCCACACUCUGCGAGAUCGCAUUGGCAUCAUACCGCAGGAACCAUUCCUUUUCGAGGGCACCGUAAGAGAAAAUCUUGAUCCACGUGGAGCUCACUAUGACUCGGAAAUUUGGCAUGCAAUUACCAAUUGCAAUGCCGUCACCUGUUUGGUACAAUCAAUGGGUGGUUUGGAUGGCAAACUGGAGCGGGGUGGCAUCAAUCUAUCGGCUGGACAAAAACAAUUACUGUGUCUAGCUCGAGCCCUACUAAAAAAUUCCAAAGUCGUAUGCAUAGAUGAGGGAACCUCCAAUUUAGAUGAAGAUUCUGAAUUUGCCAUGCAUCAAGCCAUCAAAUCAUCCUUUAAGAGUUCAACAGUCAUCUUCAUUGCCCAUCGGCUGCAAGGUUUGCACAGCAUGGAUCGCAUUAUUGUCAUGGAUCAGGGUCAGAUACGUGAACAAGGUUCCCCCCAAACCCUAGCCCAAGAUAGCUCAUCGUUGUUCUAUAGUAUGCUACAAGCUCAACACAUUGACAAGGAACAAUUUUGCCAACGUGAUAAUUGAGCCAAAGACUUACUAUUUUUAAUAAUUAUUUUUAAAUUUUAUUAUUUUUUUUUUAAUUAAUAUCUAAUACAUGUAUAUGUACGUUUUAUUUAUGUUGUCACAUUCAAUGUUCCCCAUGUAGAGAGUAAUAUUUUAUUGUUAAAAAUUUAUAAUUAUAAAGGAAACAAUGUAUAUAACAAAUUCAAUUAAAAUAGUUGCAAUUUUAAAUUAAUUUAAAUGUUCACUUUUUUAAAUAAACAAUAACAUAUAUAUUAAUAGUAA